UUGUUGGUGGGCUAGCGUUAAGGCGUGCGCCUUUCGACCCGAAGAAACCCGGGUUCGACCUUCGAACCCCGGCUCGUACCAAUGAGUUAUGAGAAACUUAUGUACGAAAUAUCAUCAGAUACAUGUUUACCAUUACCAUUCGGUGAAGAAAAAAAUCGUGAGAAAACCGGACGAAUCCCUAGGCCUAGUUUCCCCUCUGCGUUGGAAGGUCAGAUGGCAGUUGCUUUCGUAAAAUCUAGGGCCGGAGCCAAUCCUAGGGAUGCCGAGCUGUGGCAAAAUGACAGAACAAUGCUACGAGUAGGAGGAUGAUCAUGAUAUAAGUAACAUAGACCAAAGUCAAAUAAAACAUGAUUCUAAAUAAAAUUUCAAAUAUUGAAGUGAGAUGUUUGCCAAUAGUGUCCUGGCAGUCCCGCCCGGCGGGCGUGAUCGCGCGAAAAUCGUGCAAUAUAAGUUUAUUUGCAAUUAGCAAGCCAAUGUCGGCUGCUACGAUCUCCAAAAUCAUUAUGUACCAUAGUGACGGACAUGCCUAACAUAUUUUGUAGUACUUAGAUUCAUGUUAUCGACUCAUUUUUUAAAUAUUCGGUGCAAGUGACAAUAGGACUUGUGGGAAAGAUGAGUCCAGGCAGACGAGGACCCCUAGCCGAGCCCGGAGAGCGUCCCAGCGUCACCGUCACCGACAUGGACACCGUACAAGAGGAAAACGACAAUGACAGCGACGAGUCCUCAUACUCGGACAUCCAGCGGCUGCGCGAGCGCACGCAGGCGAUGCUCAACCCGGCAUCGGAGCCGCUCGUGCAGGCGCACUCGCAGCCCAACAGCCGCAGGAUGUCCAGCGACAUAGACGCCAAGCUCGCCGCCAACCUCAACACCAGGCGACCGUCCGCAAUCAUCGCGGCUUUCCGCCGGCCGUCGCAAGCGCUAGCGCUGUGCGCCGCGACGCAGCGCCGCUUCCUGUCGGAGCUGUCGCCCCAGUCGCGCGCCUCUAUGGCCUCCACCACCCACGAGCCGCCGCCUUCAGCUGCAGAGAUCAUGGGGCAUGAGGCUUUGAGCAAAGCCCUGUCCGCACUGUACGCUAAACUAUUGGUGGUGCUGGGCCUGGCAUUCCCGAUCACUGAAGUCAUCGCCAACGGAGUUCCUGACGCAUAUUAUCAGGGAUUCUAUUUAUAUCUAUAUCUAGUGUCAGUUAUUUUCGUGGUAUUUCAAUACGCGAACCUGAUGCGUCAGAAGGCAGUUAAUAUAAUUAUUCAUGACUAUGAAGAAACUGAGGAAAAAGACAAAAACGCAAAACCGGGGACCAGUGAAAAACCCAAGCACAAGGAAACUAUAUCGCGCUACGGCAGUUUUUACUUGAGGCUCGGUGCCAUUGCAUUCGGCAUCGGUUCCAUGGUGUAUAGCGGUUUAGAGUUCGGAGAGUAUUUUGAAAUGACUGAUGAUUGCCGAACGGUGCUAUCUGUCUUCACACCCGCUCUCCGUAUGGCGCUAACUCUACUGCAAAUGCAGUUCAUAUUUCUCACCAGUAAAGAGAUCGAAUCCGGGACUUACAAAAUGAUACAACGAUUUGGUUUUAUGCACAUGAUAGCUACUAAUCUGUGCGAGUGGUUGUACGUACUAGUGGAAGAAACAAAGCACGAGAUACAUCACUUGGAGCAUGCGAUGGUGACGCGUGGAAAUGGAACGCACAGUAACGGGACUCUGGAAAUACCCUGUCGAAGAGCUAAUAUUAUGGGGGCAUUGCUACAAAAUGCAUCACCGUUCCUAUUUCCUUGCACGAUCGAAUACUCACUGAUCGUGGCAGUAAUUCUUUACGAAAUGUGGAAGGAGGUCAAAUGCACCCCCGAAGAUUUUGAGAAGAAAUUUCAUAUAAAUACAAAAAAUAAAUCAAGGAACAAUUCUGUGACCCCUGAGAAAAUUUUACAGCAGUUUGCUGGUAUGUUAGGCGUAGGCUCGCCGUACGGCAGCCGGGCUGCACUUCACCAUUUCUCCGUUGAUUGUUCUCACGCACAUCGCGGUCUCUUCUCAGGAAUUUUAGUGAUCGUGCUCACCAUCAUAUCUCUCAUUAUGUUCUUCGUUCUUACUAAUAAUCCGGCUACAAUCAACGAUGCAAUAUUUCAAGUUAAUAUAUGCGAGUUGAUCCUAUAUACAGUUACUAUAGCGGCAUGCCUUGCAGCAAUAAAACAAAUGAGAGUGCUACCUUACAAACGAAAAUCUAGAGCCGUACUGCAACUGGACACGUCGCUCUUAAUCCUGGCGCAGUCAGGCAUGUUCGUGUACUGCAUGUUCAGCUUGAUCGGCUGCCACCAUACGCUGGCAAACAACAACAGCGCUGGCCUCACCGGAUUCUUCUCGGAGUUCUUAUCGCUCAAUCAGACCAUACUUCAAUCCCUGUUCAUAAUCGACGCCUGGUGGAGGCGUAGCAGCACGUCGGAGCAGAGACGGGACAAGCCCGGCCGCCAGCUGGUCACCUUCCUGCUGGUUGCCAACAUGGCCAUGUGGGCCAUCAACACGCUCGAAAAGAAUCGCGCCGAAUUCCGACCCGCUCAUUUGGAUUUCUACGGGCCAUGGGCCUGGACCAUCAUCACGCACGUAUCCAUGCCGUUAGCGAUCUUCUACCGUUUCCACUCGACAAUAUGCCUCUUUGAAAUUUGGAAAAAUAGUUUUAAGAGUAAACCCCUUUACCUUAACGUUUAGCGGAAUUGUAAUUGACUGUACACUGAGGUGCAAAAUUUCAUGGUGCAAGAAUUCAUUCAUAUAAAGUGACCAUGCAAUUUUACGGCUGGAGUGUACCUGUUGAAAAUAAUGAUCUUACUUAAUAGUAUUUUAAUUGAUAAAUAUUUUAAUCUUUAGAAAAUUGAAUGAACAGUAUUUAUUUUAUAUUUUGCAGACCUACCUUAUAUUUAUAAAAUAAGAGAUAGUAGAAAUGUCGAACAACGGAAAUAUAAAUACAGUUUAGUACCUCUCAGUCCUGUGAGUAAAGAAGUAGGCAAUCCUAUUACUUAACAUGCACGUACGGAAACUGCGAAUGACACAAAAUGUACCAAAAAACAGGAAUUCGUCAUAUAAUAAAAGAGACUUUCAAAACAUUA